UGGACGCAUCCUGCUGCCACGUCUAUCUGUUCUCCCGAACGUGAGUGACAGCCAGUUUGACCAAUCAGUCGCGACUACGCGGUGACCGCCUCACUGUCAUCCAAUAGGAGUCGGCGAUGGGCGGGACUUAAAUCCUGACACUGAAUCAGUCGCAGGAGGAAACUAAACAGUAGUUUUAUCACCGCGCCGGAGACAUGUGUGGAAUAUUUGCGUAUCUCAACUAUCACGUCCCUCGCACUCGGCGUGAGAUCCUUGAGGUCCUGAUCAAAGGUUUGCAACGGCUGGAGUACCGCGGGUACGACUCGGCAGGUGUGGGCAUCGAUGGAGGAAACAGUAAGGACUGGGAGAGCAAUGCCAAGAGCAUUCAGCUCAUCAAACAGAGCGGCAAAGUCAAGGCGCUAGAUGAGGAGAUCCACAAGCAGCAGGACAUCGAUCUUGAUGUCGAGUUUGACGUCCACCUCGGUAUCGCACACACUCGCUGGGCCACACACGGCGUUCCCAGUCCUGUUAACAGCCAUCCACAUAGAUCCGACAAACACAACGAGUUCAUUGUCAUUCAUAAUGGAAUCAUUACCAACUACAAAGACCUGAGGAAGUUCCUGGAAAGUAAAGGUUAUGAGUUUGAGUCCGAGACUGACACAGAGUCCAUCGCUAAACUGGUGAAGUACAUGUACGACAACCGCGACAACGACGAGAUUAGCUUUGCGACGCUCGUCGAGCAGGUCACCCAGCAGCUGGAGGGCGCCUUCGCCCUGGUGUUCAAGAGCGUGCACUACCCCGGAGAGGCUGUGGGAACGAGGAGAGGAAGUCCCCUGCUGAUGGGUGUAAAGAGCGACCACAAGCUCUCAGCAGAUCACAUUCCUAUCCUCUACCGCUCAGCUGGUAAAGACAAGAAGAGCUGUGGUGGGCCUCUAAACAGGAUGGACCAGGACACCUGCUUGUUUCCUGUGGACGAGAAAGCUGUUGAGUACUACUUCGCCUCUGAUGCCAGCGCCGUGAUUGAGCACACGAACCAAGUAAUCUUCCUGGAAGACGACGACAUCGCUGCUGUGUCGGAGGGCCGCCUGUCCAUCCACCGGAUCAAACGGAGAGUAGGAGAUCAUCCGGCUCGUGCCAUCCAGACCCUGCAGAUGGAGCUGCAGCAGAUCAUGAAGGGUAAUUUCAGCUCUUUCAUGCAGAAGGAGAUCUUUGAGCAGCCAGAGUCUGUGGUCAACACCAUGAGAGGCAGAGUGAACUUCGAGGACAACACAGUGACAUUAGGUGGAUUGAAAGAUCACAUUAAGGAGAUCCAGAGAUGUCGGAGACUCAUCCUUAUCGCUUGUGGAACCAGCUAUCAUGCAGGAGUGGCAACUCGUCAGGUGCUGGAAGAGUUAACCGAGCUGCCCGUCAUGGUGGAACUGGCCAGUGACUUCCUGGAUCGCAACACACCCGUCUUCCGGGAUGAUGUGUGCUUUUUUAUUAGCCAGUCAGGUGAAACAGCAGACAGUCUGAUGGCAUUGCGGUACUGUAAGGAGCGCGGCGCCCUCACCGUGGGCAUCACCAACACCGUGGGCAGCUCCAUCUCCCGCGAGACCGAUUGCGGAGUCCACAUCAACGCCGGGCCUGAAAUCGGGGUGGCCAGCACCAAGGCGUACACCAGUCAGUUUGUGGCCCUUAUCAUGUUCGCCCUGCUCAUGUGCUCAGACAGAAUCUCCAUGCAGCCAAGGAGGCGGGAGAUCAUUCAGGGCCUCAAAGUGUUGCCAGACCUGAUCAAGGAUGUGCUGAGUCUGGAUGAGGAGAUUCAGAAGCUGGCCACUGAGCUGUACCAGCAGAAGAGCGUGCUCAUCAUGGGCCGAGGCUACCACUACGCCACCUGCCUGGAGGGGGCGCUGAAAAUUAAAGAGAUUACCUACAUGCACUCGGAGGGCAUCCUGGCAGGAGAGCUGAAGCACGGCCCCCUAGCUUUGGUGGACAAACUCAUGCCUGUUAUAAUGAUCAUCAUGAGAGAUCACACGUACAUCAAGUGCCAAAAUGCUCUGCAGCAAGUGGUGGCAAGACAGGGUCGUCCCAUAGUGAUCUGCGACAAGGACGACUACGAGACCAUAAAGAGCUCGAGCCGUACCAUUAAAGUGCCACACUGCGUGGACUGCCUGCAGGGGGUCCUCAGUGUCAUCCCGCUCCAGCUGCUGUCCUUCCACCUGGCCGUGCUCAGGGGAUUCGAUGUGGAUUGCCCAAGGAACUUGGCAAAGUCGGUGACAGUGGAGUAAAGCCUUUGGGUGUCAACAACCUUCAGAAUGUGACCUUUAAAAACACACACAUAUAUAAAUAUAUCUAUAUGUACUGGAAGUAAAGAAAAUCAGAUUUCUACAGCAAUUCUGUUUCAAAAUCUUUUUACCUUGUUCCCUUCUGAACCUCCAUGUGAGGAGUAGCAGCUUGUUGAUUGUAUCGUCCUUUUUGUUGGUGGUGGCAGGGUGUGGGGCAGCCAUCUUUAACAUACGGCCUUCAAUUAUCCUCCGCGUUCCGUCACGUUUUUUUUCCGCAUUAUCACUAGAUGCCAGACAUAUUUUCUUGCCUCCAAACCAAUCUGACACCAAAAAUAAAAAAAUAUAGUUUGUCUUCCGGUGUUCUGUUACACGACACGUCGAAUUUACCAUACGCAGUUUUAUCAGUGACGAUUCUCUAUACGCGGAUACGUAAUUUAUAUCGCAAUCGAUUCUAUUUAUUGCAGCGGUGAAAUGUGAUCUCGAAGUCAGAGGGAAUUCGGAUGCAAAGGAAACGCACAGCGUCGGUUUGUGCGAAUCCGAACGGUGAUCCCGUCUUUUCGUCAUCGAGUUCUCAUUAGUUACUGAAGUCCUGGAUGCAGGGUUUUCUUUCUGAUUUCUGUAUUUUACUUGAAUUCAGUCCUCAGCAGCAUUGUUCCUCAAGUCACUUGUUACUGUUACUUUUUAUACGCAUGAUAAAAAAAAAUCAAAAAUACACCCGGUGUUACUACGGCGCCGUCGAAUAUAAAGGUGUGCAUUGAUUUUCUAUAACAGCAGCUCCGAGAGUAGUUUAUACCAAUGCUUUUUGUUUGUUUCAUCUCUAUCGCAACAGCUAAUUUUUAAGCUAAAAUUUAAGUCGUCUUGUAAGGAGAUGUUGGGAUCAAAUUUAUGGAAGGGGUCUCCAUUGUCAGCACUUUGUAACAGGGUUAUUUUUCCACCAUGAGCAGUUCUUCAGAACAGAGGAGUUCAAGAGCGUCCCUUGAAUAAUCUGCCGGGUUUUUGCUUUGUUUGCAUUUGUUUAAAAAAUGUUUUUUUUUUUUUCUUUUGUUCUUUUACUUAAAAAAAAAAAAAAAAUGUACACCGCUACUCCACACCACGCCACCUUCCUUCUGUUUGAGUGAUACCACGGGACCAUAUGCUUGUUUGUGGUUUUUUUUUUUUUUACUGGUAUAUUUCUUUGCAAUGUAUAAAUCUCUAAAUGAUCUCAUCUUGUGAUUUUGUCUUGAAGGAUCAGGCAGAUUUAAACCUGAAGUAUCUGCAUAUACAUGAAGAUUCUGAGUGCUUCUCAGGCCCUUGUAGACCUUUCUGACGGUAAACUCCGUUCUACCACCGAGUUAAAAUCAUGUCAGGUCUGCAUUACAUCCAAACCUUUUUCUAUUCAUUUAUAAUUAUUUCUGUUUCCUCACAGUUUGCUUGUUUAUUUGAGCCAUUUAUUUGGAGUCAGGUUGGGGUGAUUAUGCAUUUCCUCUUAACACCCACCAUACAUUUACAGAACCUAAUAUCGGGGGAAAAAAAAUCACGUUGCUGCUGAAUCUCUUGUAACAGGAGCUUUUAGAGCCUUAUUUCCUGAUUCAGAUGUCGGUUGCUGAAUCAAGCCAUUGUGUUUUGAAUGUGGUUAUGGGAUUUUAUGUACAACCCGAGUAGUUGCAAUAAAAUGGUCAAUGUUUA